AUGGAUCCUUUGAAGUACUUAAUGGAAAAACCUGUGCAAGAUGGGAAGACUGCUAAAUGGGAAUUGCUUCUGUCAGAAUUUGAUAUUAAGUAUGUGACUCAGAAAUCUGUCAAGGGGAGAGCAAUUGCUGAUCACCUAGCCCAUUGUUCACCAGAAGAAGCUGAAGAGAUCCAAGGAGACUUUCUAGAUGAAGACAUCAUGGGGAUUGAGGUAGAAUCAUGGAAGAUGUACUUUGAUGGAGCCACAAAUCAAAAUGGAAGUGAAAUUGGAGUUCUCUUAAUUUCUCCAAAAGGGACACACAUUCCAUUUUAUAGCAAACUCAACUUUCUUGCCACUAACAAUGCCACAGAAUAUGAAGCUUGCAUUAUGGGCCUACAAGCAGCCCUAGGCCUUGAAGUAAAAGAAUUGGAGGUAUACGGGGACUCAGCAUUAAUAAUCUCCAAGAUUCAAAAUAAAUGGAAGAUCAAAGAAGAAAGGUUGAUGCCUUAUCAUGAAUGCCUUCAGAAAUGGGCAUCAAAAUUCAGCAAGAUUCAAUAUCAAUAUGUGCUAAGGAUGUAG